GCUAUAGCGCCAGCUGCCCUGCCCGGCGCCCCGCGGCCCGCGCUGUUACGCGAGGCACGAAGCCAGCAGACGCGUUACGUCGUACGCGACGCCUCGCAGCACACCGUGUGAGCAGUACGUAACGUCGUCGUCGCGCAGCGCUACAUACCUAGUUGGGGCAGCCUCUCUGCGGCGUCGUGAGGCUGAAACGACACCAUGAAGGACACGGUCCACCCCGUGGACGAGGUCAUCAACAAGAUGAAGGAGGUCGAGGGCUUUGGGGGGUUUGUCAUCUGCAAUAAUGAUGGCGUCGUGUUGCGGCACGAGAACCUGGGAGCGGCGGACAAGCUAGGUAUUCAUCUGUGUGGAAAUCAACCAGUGAGUCGGGUGCACCCGACAAAUCUUCACUAAGUCAUUUCUCGGCGACGACGUGGCCGCGCUGGCUCCGGCGAGCGGCGAGGAAUCGGCAUCGCCACGCCAUCGAGCAGGCGUCGCGUCGACGGCGUGGAGGACGACGCGGCGAUUCAGCACGAACGCGCCGUCAAAUUUUGAUUUCCGCACAGGUAUUCAUCAUGCAUAUCACGCCCUCGACCUGAUGAACAAGGCGCGGGACCACAUCCGGACGUUGUUUGAAGCGCCGGAGAAUGAAUUGGAGAGCGUGCGAUUGAAGACGGACAACUACGAGAUGAUCAUCUCGCAGGUCGGCAACUACACGCUCUGCGUCAUGCAGAAGCCACCGGUCGAGGAGGUCGCGGAGGAGGGCGAAGCGGCGGCGGCGGAGUAGUGUUGGGCUCGGACUAAGUUGUGCUCUCUUUUACGGCGGCG